ACUCGAAAAGCUUGUAAAUCACGAGCCGUUAGGCGAGUGAUUUACAAGCUUUUCUCAUGUUCUCCCAACAUCCAGCGUUGUUUAUUGCGCCGGCCAGUAAACCCACAGGAAGAGUGGUCUAUUGCUUAAUUAAAACAUAUACAUACAUACUUUAUUACAACUCCCUACAUGAAGUUCUUCAGUUAGAACUACACAACUACAGGGAUACCGUAUUCACUUGAUUAAACGCCGCCCUCGAAUAAACGCUGCAUUUUAAAGCAGAAAUAUUAGCAAACGCCGCCCUUGAAUAAACACGCUGCAUCAUGAUGCGGCGGAAAAGUAGCUAAAAAUAUUUUAUUCCCUUUAAGUUAGAGGGACCUCCAGUAAAAAUGGCCAUUUGACACUAAUUUAUGCAUAUUUAAUUAUCCAUCUUUGGUUUAGUAUUUCUACAACAAGAAAAGCCAUAUGAAAACAAAAUCCGCUGGAUCAUGUUCUAUACCUAUCAGUCUCAAAGCACAGAUAUUCAUUUCAACUGGACAAUUUGAUUUAUGGCAAAUACAUGCAGUAGGCAAAACCAAGUGCACAUUAUUCAUCAUCAUCAUCAUCAUCAUGGCCAUUUUUCUCUAACCAAGAAAAGCGAAGUUGCGACAGAGAUGAACUGCAAUUCUACCUCGUCAUCAGUCCGAGUCACUACGGAGUUACAUGAGAAGCAUGCGCAUGCUUAUCUGGUCAUUGCAGUGUUUGCUAUCGGUUCAGUCGACACGCGUGUUUUCUGCACUGAACAGACUGAGUUUUUUGCUACAAUAACCGAUAUAUACUUUAGCCUACUUUGAAGGUGUAACUCUGAGCAGGUCUUGUGAUACCUAUUUGGCAGGGAUCGGCGUACGUGAGUAGAAUUUUGAACGUUUUCGAUUGCACGUUUUGCCUAACCAUUUUUCCUGCCAGACUCAGCAUUUCACAAUGACGAGCGAAAACGUUGAUAUAGUGCCUGCUCCUGAGGGUCCAACGGGCGCAAAUGCUGACCCACCGGGUCGUGAAGAAAACAUUGAGUCCGCCCUGCACCAAAUUAAUACGAACACGGGCACAAUGACUAAACUUUUGUCGGAGGUGUGCGCACGUCUUCCCACUACUAAUGCGCGCCACGAGCAAAAAUCCUCGAGCCGAAGCCCACCGGGUGCAGACGGCCAACGCCGAAAACGGCGUUCUAUUUCUGUCUCCUUAGAGGACUCUUCUGAAAAUGAUAACUACGAGCCCAGACACAAAUCGAGCAAAGAGGACGACUCACUUAGUGUGUAUGCCACAGAUGAUGACGUGGCACAACUGCUGGCAGAACCAUCGGUUCAAGCCAAAGUCACCGACAAACCGAAUUAUAAUACGAGCGAGGACGAGGUACUAAAAGAUUUCGUAGCCGCCCUGCAAGACGAGGAUAAAAAAGGUCCAAAAGUCCAAGAACAACUGGUCGACAUCGCUAUGAAGAGAUGGGGAAAUAAGCUUACCUCAGAAAAAAUAACUAGUAUUCUGGGAAAACACCCGCAGCCCGAAAAUUGCGGAGACAUGGCUAUUGCAUGGGUAAACCCCGAAAUCUGGGCGCCUUUGAAUGCCGCUAAGAAAAAGUCAGAUUUACGCUUGGCCAACAUGCAGCAGGCUUUGCAAAAGGCUACCUUCGCAAUAGUUACAACUUGCGAUAAGCUUUUGGCGGCAAAAGCCCACAUUGACACAAAAGAAAUGCUAACCGAUAGCAUUGAUGCUAUCGCUUUAGUGGGACAUGUGGUUUCCGAGCUUUCCUCGCUCAGGCGCAAACAGCUUGGGCCAUCGUUAAAGCAAGAAUAUCACACUAUUUGUUCACACAACGUCCCCACUUCAUCAAAACUAUUGUUUGGUGACGAUCUUGCCAAGCAAAUUCGCGACGCUAAGGAGACUAGCCGCAUCGGCCAUACAGUUGGCGUUACGAAGCACGACCACAACAAAAACUACCGGCGCCAUGGCUCUUAUCAAACUAGCCGGUAUGACGAAAGCAGCAAGGGCGGGUCACGACAGCCUUUUUUGGGGAAAGGCUACCGCUCAACUGCGCGAAAAAAACCGUACAACGGCCCGAAGAACGAGACCGAGAAGAAAUAAUGUCCUCACUGGAAAAACUGAAAUUGGCGGUAAGUGAUUUUCCGCGAAUCACUAAUUCAUCUCUUAGAGAGUAUCUACAAUAACGUUGUGAUACCUUUGCGGCCGGAUGCAUCGCACAUUCUUUACCUGCCUGGCGUAAAAUCACAUUAGAUAAUGAAAUUCUUUCCACUGUUGUGGGGAUGAAAAUUGAUUUUAAUGCCACACCCUGUCAAAAAUAUCUUCCCACUUGCACACGGUCCGCCACUGAAAUGACCAUUAUCGAUCUCGAGGUUCAAAAACUCUUGUCAAAACAUGUGAUUGAGCCCACCGGGCAUUGUCACGAAGAAAUUAUUUUCAAUGUAUUCGUAAGGGGGAAGAAAGAUGGCAGCCACAGAAUGAUUCUUAACCUUAAAAACCUCAACCAAUAUGCAAACAAAAUCCACUUUAAGAUGGACACACUCAACACCAUCACUAAACUUGUAGAACAGGAUUGCUUUAUGGCGUCCAUUGAUCUGAAAGACACAUAUUAUUCCAUACCGAUAGCCACAUCGGAUAGGAAAUACUUAAAAUUCUCUUGGAAGGGAAACUUUAUCAGUUUACAUGCUUGCCAGAAGGUCUUUCAUGUAGGCCUAGAAAAUUCACUAAAAAUUUGAAUCCAGCAUUAUCCCACCUACAUUUACGGGGCCAUAUAUCUAGUGGUUAUAUUGACGACUUGUACUUGCAAGGGAAAACGUACAAGGACAGUGUACACAACGAUAUAGACACACUUAUUCAGAUUGAUUCCCUUGGCCUCAUAACACACCCGGAGAAGUCGGUCCUUAACCCGUCCCAACAGCUCGUACUCUUGAGUUUUGUACUUAAUUCGGUCACUAUGACGAUCGUGCUAACUGAGGAAAAGGCCUUGGCUUCUACACACCGCUUCUCCAACCAUACGAGAACUUGCUUGUGUUCUCGGGAAGAUAGUUUCCUCUUUUCCCGGGGUUAGGGACCGUUCAUUUUUUAUGAGGGAGGGGGGGCUGGUGGGAUUUGGGAAGCACCAUUUAAAAAUCGCAU